ACAUUCCAUAUCACAUUCCUCAAACAUAACAAUGAAGUGUCGCUACAACUCAAAAGGCUUAAAAAACCAUCAAUAUCUUCAAAUGAGAAAGAUGACAUGGUUGUUCGUGGCGAUAAUGGUGGCGACAAGUAUGGUUGCAGUUGAAGGUAGAAAAGUAAAAGAUUUAGAGGGGUCAUUAGAGUACAAUGCAAUAAACUGCAGGAGCCAUAGUGCAUCAAUAACUGAUUUUGGAGGGGUUGGAGAUGGCAAAACACUAAAUACAAGGGCUUUUCAGGAAGCAAUAAAUAAAUUGAGCCAAUAUGGGUCGGACGGCGGGGCUCAGCUGUAUGUUCCGGCUGGUCAAUGGCUGACCGGCAGCUUCAAUCUCACUAGCCAUUUUACUCUCUUUCUUCACAAGGAUGCCACCCUCCUUGCUUCACAGGAUAUAAAUCAAUGGCCAGUAAUUGAUCCCCUGCCAUCAUACGGUCACGGAAGAGAUGCAGCUGGAGGAAGAUACAUCAGUCUCAUUUUCGGAACAAAUCUCACUGAUGUCGUAAUUACAGGUGACAAUGGGACGAUCGAUGGACAAGGUUUGCUUUGGUGGCAAAAGUUCCAUGGGAAAAAGUUGAAAUAUACGCGACCCUACCUUUUCGAGAUCAUGUAUUCAGAUACCAUUCAGGUCUCCAAUGUUACAUUCCUCAAUUCACCAUCAUGGAAUGUCCACCCCGUUUAUAGUAGUAACAUUCUUUUACAAGGGAUUACAAUCUUGGCUCCAAUCCAGUCUCCAAACACUGACGGAAUUAACCCAGAUUCUUGCUCAAACACAAGAAUAGAAGACACUUAUAUCGUCUCUGGAGAUGAUUGUGUCGCGGUUAAGAGUGGUUGGGAUGAGUAUGGGAUAUCAUACGCCAUGCCAACGCAACACUUGAUCAUUAGACGACUCACGUGUAUCUCUCCUUACAGUGCAGCCAUUGCACUAGGAAGUGAAAUGUCAGGUGGAAUUCAAGACGUGAGAGCCGAGGAUAUCACUGCCAUCAACACUGAAUCGGCGGUCAGGAUCAAGACAGGAGUAGGGCGUGGUGGGUUCGUAAAAGACAUCUAUGUAAAAGGCAUGACAUUACAUACCAUGAAAUGGGUGUUCUGGAUAACGGGAAACUAUGGGUCCCAUGCUGACACUCAUUGGGACCCAAAAGCCAUUCCCGUUAUCCAAAACAUUAACUAUAGGGAUGUGGUGGCAGAAAACGUGACAAUGGCUGCUCGACUAGAGGGGAUAUCGGGUGAUACUUUUACUGGGAUAUGUAUAUCAAACGCGACCAUUGGGAUGCGGGUCAAAGCUAAAAAGGUCCCGUGGACAUGUAGUGAUGUUGAAGGGAUGACUAGUGGUGUGGUUCCUAAGCCUUGUGACUUGUUGCCUGACCAAGGGGAAGACAAGAUUGGAAUGUGUACUUUUCCUCAAGAGAAAUUAGACAUUGACAAUGUUGAGCUUAAGAAGUGCUCUUAUUCAGUGGUCUAAUUCUGGAGGUUUGCCUUUUCUUUUGUAGUUUUUUUCUUCUUCUUUUGAUACUUGUAGUUUUACUUUUAAGCACUUAAAGGUUCACAUCAGAAUUUCAGGUUUUCUGAUGCACCUGUAUCAUAUAUGAAAUUAUGGGAAAUGCUUGCCUUGAUCAUGUCGGCUCGACUAGUCGACUUGUUUGCAACCUUUCGUUUAUAUCUUUUUAUCAACUUGUGCUGUUACAUAUUGUAAACAAUUUAUGUAUCAACUGAUGAUUUGUAUGUUUGGUUCUAUUUCUUUGGUUUAAUGCAUAAAAAGUUAUAUAUUAA